AUGGAUAAAUAUGUAAUGCACUUAUUCAAACCUAAUGCUCCUACUGCUAAAAUUCUGAGGAUGCAUAAAGAAAUUAUUGAACAUGAACGAGAAAUGUUUAAUCAUUGGCUCUCAAAUCUUUGGGAAGAAAAUUUGAAAAAUCGUCGACUAAAUGCUAUUCCGUUCAUUGAGAAUUACAUUAAAUCUGCUUGUAAUUUUUCAAAUGGUUAUAUUAAAUCACACUAUGGUGGUACAUAUAGUUCAAAGAUGAAGAUCGACUAUAAUAUAAGAGAUGAAGUUGAAGUGAAUAAAGUUGAAAUGUUAUAUUGUAAAAGAGUACAGACUGGUAAAAAUGGUACAUUAAUUAAUCUUCCCAUGGUAAUUGAUAUUGGAAAUCUAGAAUCAAAAAUUUCUUUUAAAGAUGGUGUGUUUACUCCACCUCAAAAAAUUCCUCUUGUGGAAGAUGAAUGUUGUCGUACACUGUCAACAACAAAUGAUAUUGAUGUUAACAUAUGUUUAAGUAGUAUAAAAAGUAUUAUGAAUCUAGAGAAACCCAAUAGUUUGUGGAUAAUUCCUGUCAAUGUAGAUAUUGAUACUGAUGAGCGUAAAACAAUUUAUGUUGGAGGAGCAUUAUGUACAGGACAUUUCUCUCAACAAGAAAAAAGUUGGUACUAUCUAAGAAAAGAAUUGAAAAAAAAAUUUAAAAAACCCUCACCUAUUGAAGCUGUUCAGGGCGAUUAUAAUAAUUACAACUAUGAUAAAUGGAUGUUAAAAGUCAGCGAUGUCAAUGGUGUUGACAAAUCGUUCAAUUUACUUGUAAGAAAUAAACCCCAUGGCAUACAACAACAGAUAAAACCGCACGAUACCCCAGUAGUAAUAAUACCUAAGGUUGAGUAUCAACCAGAAUUUGGCUUUGAAAAAGUCAGUGAAGAACAGCUUGUCGAAUAUUGGCUGGAUACAAGCUUCAGAUGUUCCAAAACCAAAUUAGCAUUAGUCUCAGUACAACACCACAAUAUGGACUUGAUGCAGGUGAAAUGGACAAUUGAAGAAGUAGAGAGUUUAAGUUCCAAUGGUUUAGACCAAAUAUACCUACAAAGAUUAUAUCUAACCCUAGAAAAACUCACACAAUUAGGCAAAGGAGAAUAUGUACUGCUACACAAUCCUAAAAAACCAUUCCACGUUGACGUUUACCAGUCAUCAGAGUAUGGUGGUUUCAAUUUAUUGAACAUGUAUUUUGUUCUACAACAGACUGAAGUUUCUGAUUCAUUGGUUUGGAAUCCUAUAGACUGGAAAAUAUUAUGUCCAAUUCAUAAAUACUUUAAAGUUGCACCGUGCAUGUUCAGGCCAAAUCCUGAAGAAUUAGAUAUCCAAAUGAUAAGCGAACAAGUGAACAAAUUCAAUAAAGAUAGGAAAUCCAAGGAGAAUUAUGAAAAUGAACAACUACUAAGAAAAAAGAGAAUAAAAACGGAAAAAAAUAAGAUCAAAAGGAAAUUAAAAAGAGAAAACGAUAUUUUAUAUAACAUAAAAAAUAAUACGAUGAACAUUGGUAAUUCAUUGACAUAA